AAAUGAUUCGUUCCAAAUAUAAAAAGCUUUGAAUGACAGGAUAGGAACAAUUGACAUAAUAAUAAAAUACACAAAUAAUUCCUGAUUUUCUAAGUUUUUAAAAGUGUACAAUAAAAAUAAAAUUACACUCAAGUCACACAAUGUCGUGUCCUGAAGGUGAUCUAGCAAUUCAAAAUGAAGUUGAUACUAAACAGGCUGGAGAAACUUGCCCUAUUAAAACCAAGAAAGUGUCUCCCGAGGACUCUUCUGAUGCUAUUGAAUUCAGCAGCAGCUCUUUUAAAAACCCCAAGACCUGGAAGAAAUCUUUUGCCAAUUUCUUUCGACACCAGAUCCGUACAUCGCGGUCACAUUCCAGCGAAGGUGAUGGACCAACUGUUAACAAAGAGAAGUACGAAAAUAAAGAAAUAAGUCCAGAACUUAAAUGGCAAUCAUUGGGAAAAGUGUUCCGUCGUCAAAGCCUUAUUGAACCUUGGAAUAAAGCGACUAAUCAGCAUGGCGGGGAAAGUUCUACUCAUAAUAAGCGUCUCGCCGUAAGAAAAGUGUUAUCUAGUUAUUUUGGAAAGUCUCAGUCCCCUAAUUCCGGGUUGGAUAAUAAGUAAAUGUUCCCGUUUCCAAAUAAAUUUUGCAUCAACAUUUGACCUACUUCGGUAAUCCCUGAUAACUUCAGUGCUACGAUUAGCAUAAUAGAAUACCAUCGCUUUAUUUUUAUUUGAAAUUGGCGCCUGAUACGCCAAGUGACAGUAGUGAAAAUUUUAUAUUAAUUCGAAACGUUAUUUCCACUUGAGUGAAAUUAAUUAAUUUUAAUUAAUAAAAUCAAAUCUGAGUUAAAA